CUGUCCCGCUCUUGCUACGGUGGCCUGGAGGAGUGGCGAAACCGGAACAGAGAAUUUAUCACUUCUGGGACUCACAGUCGUGAUGUCUUUCAAGAGGGAAGGAGACGAUUGGAGUCAACUCAAUGUGCUCAAAAAAAGAAGAGUCGGGGACCUCCUAGCCAGUUACAUUCCAGAGGAUGAGGCGCUGAUGCUUCGGGAUGGACGCUUUGCUUGUGCCAUCUGCCCCCAUCGACCGGUACUGGACACCCUGGCCAUGCUGACUGCCCACCGUGCAGGCAAGAAACAUCUGUCCAGCUUGCAGCUUUUCUAUGGCAAGAAGCAGCCGGGAAAGGAAAGAAAGCAGAAUCCAAAACAUCAGAAUGAAUUGAGAAGGGAAGAAACCAAAGCUGAGGCUCCUCUGCUAACUCAGACACGACUUAUCACCCAGAGUGCUCUGCACAGAGCUCCCCACUAUAACAGUUGCUGCCGCCGGAAGUACAGACCAGAAGCCCCUGGUCCCUCUGUCUCCCUUUCCCCUAUGCCACCCUCAGAGGUCGAACUCCAAAGUGGGAAGAUCAGUAGGGAACCUGAACCUGCGGCUGGCCCACAGGCCGAGGAGUCAGCAACUGUCUCCGCCCCUGCACCCAUGAGCCCCACAAGAAGACGAGCCCUGGACCAUUAUCUCACCCUUCGAAGCUCUGGAUGGAUCCCAGAUGGACGAGGUCGAUGGGUAAAAGAUGAAAAUGUUGAGUUUGACUCUGAUGAGGAGGAACCACCUGAUCUCCCCUUGGACUGAUACCCUUUUCCCAUUCAUUCACAAAUAAAUUACAAUGGGUGCUGAGAACUUAA